AUGCAAAAUUCCUUAAUUAAUGAUUUUGGCCUCACCAAAACGGAGAUCGAAAGAUAUGGACGCCAAAUAAUACUGCAAGAUUUCGAAAUCACGGGGCAAGCCUGCUUAAAAAAAGCAUCUGUGCUGGUUGUGGGUGCUGGCGGCAUUGGAUCUCCAUUGGCCCUUUCUCUUGUCUGUUCUGGAAUCGGUAUAUUUGAUGGCUUUUCUUUAGGAAAAAUAGGCCUAGUUGAUGAUGAUUUUGUUGAAGCAACCAAUUUGCACAGACAGACUCUUCAUACAGAAUCCAGAGUGGGACAAAGUAAGGUGUAUUCCGCUGCCACUGCAUUAAGAGAACAUCAAUCGGAUUGUAUUAUUGAGCCGAUUGAAGCAUGGCUCGAUGUUGAAAAUGUGUCCAGCCUAAUUGAGGGAUAUGAUGUUGUAUGCGAUGCCUCUGACAACAUCCCCACUCGCUAUCUUUUAAAUGAUGCUUGUAAGCGUGCAAAGAAGCAUUUGGUUUCAGCAAGUGCGAUCGGAUGGGAAGGGCAGAUCAUUACAUUUCUUUGGUCAGAGGAAGACUCCAAUGCCCCAUGUUAUAGAUGCCUGUUUCCUACCCCGCCAUCGUCUGAAUUUGUGGUGAAAUGCAACGACGGCGGUGUUUUGGGACCGAUAACCUCCGUUAUUGGUCAUCUCCAAGCGCUGGAGGUCAUCAAUCUUCUGAGGGGCUCUCCGAAUUAUUGCCAAAAAAUGCUCUUUUUUGAUGGAAAAAAGGGAUUGUCAAGGUGCAUUCAAUUGAGAAAUAAGCGAGUUGAUUGCCUUGGGUGUUCGAUCCCGUUUGCGCCGUUGGUUGAACUGCCUUUGCAAUCGUGCGAAAUUCCCCUCGAAAAUGUGGGAUUUAAAGAGUUGUCUGUUUCUGCCCUGGCCGUUGGUGUGACGGGUCCCCUACUUUUACUGGACGUACGGCCCUCCCAUCAUUUUAAAAUCGGCUAUUUGCGAAGCGCUGUCAACAUUCCUUCAAAUGUGAUUUUAAGGAUGAGGUCCAUUGAUGAGCUGUUCAUCAACAUUGAAAAAGUCCUCUCAAACCUUAAGGACACUCCCCCCCUACAUAGCAUAUGUGUAAUGUGUCGCCGGGGGAUUGACUCUAUUCACGUCUCGAACCACAUACUGAGGCUCUCAGAUAAAGUUUCUGUAUACAAUCUCAAGGGAGGCCUUCUGGCCUGGUCUCGAGAGAUUGAUCCCAAUUUCCCCAUAUAUUAA